AUGGCUGCCCAUGUGGACCCGCUGGUGGUGGGGAGGGUGAUCGGCGACGUGGUGGACCUGUUCGUGCCGACGGUGGCUAUGUCGGUGCACUUCGGCACCAAGGACCUCACCAACGGCUGCGAGAUCAAGCCAUCCAUCGCCGCCGCCGCUCCCGCCGUCCAGAUCGCCGGCAAGGCCAACGACCUCUUCACCCUGGUCAUGACUGACCCAGAUGCUCCGAGCCCCAGCGAGCCAACGAUGAGGGAGUUGAUCCACUGGCUGGUGGUUAACAUACCAGGUGGAGCAGAUCCUUGUCAAGGUGAGACGGUGGUGCCGUACCUGGGCCCGUGCCCGCCGGCGGGCAUCCACCGCUACGUGCUGGUGGUGUACCAGCAGAAGGCCCGCUUCAUGGCUCCGCCGGCGCUGGCGCCCGGGGCAGAGGUGGAGGCGUCGCGCGCACGGUUCAGGAACCGCGCCUUCGCCGACCGCCAUGACCUAGGCCUCCCAGUCGCCGCCAUGUACUUCAACGCGCAGAAGGAGCCUGCCAACCGCCACCGCUACUACUGA